AUGGAGUGUGGGGGCGGCGAGGGGGGCGCUAUAAAGGCAGUGGCCCCAGAGUGCUGCGAUCACAGUGGCACCAUGCACACUGCAGGCUGGCUGCUGCUGGCGCUGCUCUGCCUCUGCCACCCCGCUGAGCCCUGGUACCGCCCGCCCGCCGGGCCCCGGCCCCAUGCCGUGGGCAGAGCCUCGGGGCUGCUCUCCAGCCUCCACCGCUCACCACAUGCCCGCCGCUCUGGCACCACCGAGUCCGGCACUGCUGGGCUGCUGCCAGGUCCAGCCCGCCCGCCCGCGGGGCUCGGCACUGCGGUGCUGUGUGUGAUGGAUGUGGCCCCUGAGCCACGGAGCUGCCAGGUUCUGCCGGAUGCCCCAGGCACACUCCAGUGCAAGGCAGACAUCACCGUGUCCCUGGAUCCCAUGGAAUGUGCGGGUGUCUGA